AUGACAGAUGCUAGUGACUAUGCUGUCGGAGCGGUUCUGGGCCAGAGAAAGGAGAAGAAGCUGCACGUGAUCUACUACGCCAGUCGCACACUUGAUGAAGCUCAGUGCAAGUACGCUACGACUGAGAAGGAACUAUUGGCGGUGGUGUUUGCAUUUGAGAAGUUUCGGUCCUAUCUUGUUGGAUCGAAGGUGAUUGUCCACACUGAUCACGCUGCAUUGAAGUACUUGCUGACGAAGAAGGAUGCGAAGCCGAGACUCUUGAGAUGGAUUCUUUUGCUUCAGGAGUUCGAUCUGGAGAUCAAGGAUAAGAAAGGGAUUGACAAUGGUGUAGCUGAUCACCUGUCAAGGAUGAAGAUCGAUGAUGACGUUCCUCUAGACGACAGCUUACCUGAUGAGCACGUCUACGCUAUUGAGGUGAUCGAUUACAGCGAGCCCCUGCUCGCUGAUGAUGGAGUUCGACCGAGUGCACUAGAAGGAGAUCGAUCGAAUGGUGAUGACGGAGAUCGUACUUUGAGCUGUAACGCCGUUACCGUUCCAGUUUCCCAUGCCAUACUGUACAAGCACUGCACCGAUGGAGUCUACAGGAGAUGUGUAGCUGAUGAGGAGAUACCUGGGAUCUUGUUCCACUGUCAUAGCUCGUCUUAUGCUGGACACUUCGCGACGUACAAGACUGUAUCCAAGGCGCUGCAAGCUGGCUACUGGUGGCCCACCAUGUUCCGAGAUGCUCACAGAUUCGUGUCUAAGUGUGAUGUGUGCCAGAGACAGGGGAACAUCAGUAAGAGAAACGAGAUGCCACAGAACUUCAUUCUGGAAGUAGAGGUUUUCGACGUGUGGGGAGUUGACUUCAUGGGACCCUUCCCAUCUUCCUAUGGAAACUGUACAUUUUGGUGGCUGUCGACUAUGUAUCUAAGUGGGUAG